GAGAGAGCGUACUGCACAUAGCAAUCGUGAACGAGGACCGCAUGGUGAAGUUCCUGCUGAACUCGGGAGCCGACUUCCACGAACGCUGCUUCGGCAACUUCAUGUGUCCCGAGGACCAGAAGGCAUCCCGCUCAGACUCCUUCGAUCACGAAUGGGUCAAUCUCUGGCCUGUCACCAACUACGAGGGUUAUGUGUACUGGGGCGUACCGCUAUCGUUUGCUGCAUGUUUGGGUCAGGAGGAGUGCUAUCGGCUCAUGUUAGCCAGGGGGGCCAACCCCGACAACCAGGACACUAAUGGCAACACUGUUCUUCACAUGCUUGUCAUCUAUGAAAAAAUGGGAACGUUUGACACAGCUUACGAGCUGGGUGCCAACGUAUCGGUGAGAAACAUUCAGAACUUGACACCUUUGACACUGGCGGCCAAGUUGGCCAGAAUUGAAAUGUUCUUCCACAUAAUGAACAUCGAACGAGAAAUUUACUGGCAAAUUGGUAGUAUUACUUGUGCGGCCUAUCCCUUGAUGCUGAUCGAUACAAUAGAUAUUGAAACAGGGAAUAUUAGCAAAGAUUCGGCUCUCAAUCUUGUCGUAUUUGGGGAUAAAGAUGAACAUUUGGACUUGAUGGAAGGAGUGCUGGUGGAUUUGCUUCAUGCCAAAUGGAAUGCAUUUGUCAGUUCAG